AUGCCGUCGUCAGUCGACGACAACUUGGACGUGCCACUGCCACCGCCGCCCCCUUUCCCUCCGCCCCCACAAGCGCGACUGGAAGACGAUUCGAAGCCGAACAAGCGACCAACCUCUCAAAGCGCUGGUCACGCACAGAAGCCCAAGAAGCGCAAAGACUUUCGCGAAAUCCUCGCGCUUUUCCACGACGACUCGAUGGACCCAGCGCAAGUCAAGAGCGUGUGGCAUUCGCUGUGGCAGACGACGCUGGCCGAGAGCCAAGAAGAGCACAAGCGGCACCUCCAGCAGCAAGAGAAGGAGCAGCGCAGUGUCAAGCGGAAAAAGAGCGGCGACCACGGGCAUGUGGCUGCGCGAGAAGCGCACGCCCGGCACAGCAACUUGGCCAGAGAGUCCUUCAAAAGAGCGCGGCAGAGCUCGUCGGCAAGUACGGACUCGUCCGAGUCGUCGGGGAAGACUAGUCGCCUCGGAGGACGCUUUUCCAAGCACGUUUCGAAAGGACCGAAGAUGCUGCCGAAAUUCGGCGGUCGGACGUAG